GGCGCCCUGAGCCCUGGGAGCCCUGCCUUUGCCGCCCCUGCCGAGGUCUCCUGCUCUCCUGCCCCGCUAGCCGCUCCCCAGGGUCACCACGGAUGAAAGCCGAGGUCCUGGUGGUCGUGGCUAGCUCCGGGGAAUGAAGGUCGGGCGUAGGGAGGCUGCUGGAGUACAGAGAGGAGUUGUUACAGGAAAGACGCAGCCCGCCACAGCUUUUAGCUCCAGCCUUACAAACCUGGACCUCAGGCAUCUUGCCGAGCAAGUGGGAGGGUGCAAAGUCCCAAACCAAGAGGCGAACCUUGUCCUGGGUCUGUAAAGCUCUGUCUGGUUGGGCAGAUGGUUCCCCUCCUGGGUGAGUUUCCGGAUUUUUCUGAAUAGACAUUGAAAAGUGAAGAUCACCCUGCAAGGUAUCACAUCUUCCUUGAUCGUGUUCCUGCUUAAGCUGGAAUGUUCAUAUGGAACGUACCCAGGACUCUGCAAACUAUGCAGUUUCUUCCCAGCCCGGUGCAGCCAGCUUAGAAGUAAGCCAGCAGUAGGCAUUUCGUUUGAUAGACACCGCACUGCACCGAUAUAACCCAGACACCAAACUGCAACACGCAACUACAGGCAACAAAAUAGAUGUUAACUGGUGAACCAGAGGUUCGUAGUCACACGUUGGGGCGCCCUUUGACCUUCAGUCAAGGUGGGGCGACCCACUUCUGUGGGCCCCCACACCAGUGACCUACCAGGAACUUUCCAAACGGUAAGAUCUACCGUGGGCACACUGCUGGCCUCCAAGCUGGGAUGGAAAUUCUAUGAUGCCGAUGAUUACCACUCUGAAGAGAAUCGGAUGAAGAUGGGGAGAGGGGUACCGCUGAGCGACCAGGACAGGAUUCCAUGGCUCUGCAGCUUGCAUGACAUAUUAGUAAGAGAUGUGGCCUUGGGACAGCAUGUCAUUCUAGCCUGUUCAGCCCUGAAGAAAAUAUACAGAGACAUCUUGAUACAGGGAAGAAGCGAUGGGCCCCUGAAAAGCGAUGGGUCCGCAGAGGAAAGGCUAGCCGGCCAACAGCUCUUGGUGGUCUAUCUCAGCGGCUCGUUUGAGAUCAUUUCCAGACGCCUGUCCCAACGAAAAGGACAUUUUAUGCCGCCCGAGUUACUGCAGUCCCAGUUCAGCAUUCUGGAGCCUCCGUCAGCUCCUGAAAACUUCAUCCAGGUCAGCGUGGACCAAAGUCUCUCGGAGAUCGCCGAUGCUGUUCUGGAAGCUCUGCCAAUGAAGUAAUCAUUCCACACCUGCAGGGUAGGCGCGCUCUAGUUCAAGGUCCUCCUCGCCAGUGUAUUCUAAGUUCCUAAUUGAGAGCAAACUGCGGUACGUGGAGAGCACCGUUUGCCUGUAUGGACUCGGUGUGCAGGUGUCCCGCAGGUGUUCUCCAGGUGUCCCGCAGGUGUCCUGCAGGUGUGCCAGGAGGAGGGGUAAGGAUGGUAAAAGUUAAGCUUAAACUUAAAUCGUAUAUAAUGGAACCAGAUGGUCAGUGGUAAUUGUGCAAUCAAUGCUAGAAAUCACUCCCGUUUGAGAGAACAAUGCCUUGUGGUUGUGUCUGCACAAAUGGAUGAAAUAUGCUACCCUGGGGGCCCGCUGGAAUUGGUCUCAGCAAUAGAAACCUGAAUCAAAACAGCCACUGACUGCAGGCAUUUCACACCAUACUGCUGUUGGUUUUCAAACAGGGUGUCGCUGUGUAACAGCUCUAGCUGUCCUGGAAUUCACUCUGUAGAGCAUCCUGAAGCCCAGAGAUCUGCCUGCUUCUGCCUCCCCAGUGCUGGGAUUAAAGGUGUGCAUUACCAUAACUGGCUUCAUCUUCAUACAUAGGUCAUUAUGUUCUAUAAUCUGCCAUUAUGCUUUGCUUUAAUUCAUCCCCCUUCACAGCCUUCCCCUGCCCUUGUCCCCUGCUCCUCCUUGGCAGGUUCCCUUCCUUUCCCCAGGAAGGAAACCUUCCUGCAUUCAUGGUUUCUCAGUCUUUCUUAAGAUCUCUUCCUGCCUGCUUGGUGUACACAUCAUAUAUGUAUAUAAAACUUUAAGUUCAGGUCCUGCUUGGGAGAGAAUUGGGCCUUUUUACAACUAUAUAGAAUUCCAUUGUGUACGUACAUCACACUUAAAACUUUUUUUUUAAAGCUGUGUAAGACAUGUACACCAGGCUGGUCUAGAACUCAGAGAGAUCUGCCUGCCUCCUGAGUGCUGAAAUUAAAGGUGCACACACAACC